UCAGUGCUCCGAACACCCACAUGUUCAUUGGUUUGAUGUAUGAUACAAGUGAUGAAAAAUUCAGAUGGUUGGAUAAUGAAAUUCUUACGUGGGCAGCAUGGGAUAGUGGAGAACCUAAUUGUAUGCAGGGUACUAACCCCCUAAGUAAUUGUCAGAGUAAAAAGGAAAACUGUGUACGCUUGACAGGUGGUUAUAAAUUGAGAACAGUUGAUUGUAAAUUCAAGUACUACAUACUUUGUAGUAAAGAUAUUCCUACGACCACAACACCAACAACUCGGAUAUCUACAACCGUAACAACGACAGAAGCAGAAACAAGCACUCAGGUAGAAACAACAACGCCUGUAGAAACAACAUCUCUAGAAACAACCACGUUUCCAGAAACAACUACGCCUGUAAAAACACAAUCUCGAGGAACAACCAAGUUACCAGAAACAACUACGCCAGUUGAAACACAAUCUCAAGGAACAACCUCGUUUCCAGAAACAACUAUGCCAGUUGAAACACAAUCUCAAGGAACAACCAAGUUACCAGAAACAACUACGUCAUCCAAAACAAACGCGUUUUCAGAAUUUAUGAUAUCUUUAGAAACGGCAUCAACGGAAUAUGAUUUUCUGUCCUCCCGAGCAGAAAUCGCUAGCUCAUAUUCUAAAUUGCUGACAACAUCGACCACGACUGACACGUCAUUAUCGCCUGUAAUAAAAUCGUCAACAGCUAUUGCGAUGCAAUGUAUGUGUCCCAAAAGUACAACGUCAAAUAAAUGGUUGUUCAUUCAAGAUAUGAAUCUUACAAUAUCAGAAUUAAGAAAGAUCGUUGAAGAAGACUUUGAAAAAAAUAUAAAACAUGAAAUUACUGUAAAUACAAAUGCUUUAUCUAAAACACUAAGACAAAAAACGUCUGCUCCAGAUUAUAGGAAGUCCUCCUCCUCGUUAGGCUGGCUUUCAAUUACAAUAAUAACACUUCCAGUGGUAUUAAUGGUAUCGAUGGACAUUAUCAACAUUUUUCAAAAAAGUGAAGAUUGAAUGAAAUUAUAUUUUUAAAUGAACAGAUCAUGUAAAAACAACGGAUACAUCGCAUGAACUCCACAGGGUAAGCAUCUCCUGCUACGAAUGCAUUAUCUGCUAUUCAAAAUUUUACGAUAGGGAAUAAGGCAAAAUCGGUUAAUACACAGGUCAGACAAAUUUUAUGAUAUAUUUUGUAUGAUCUAGAACCGCGAUAUCAUGUCACUCCGAGCUUGGACACAAGACAAAUCGUAACAGGCAAACUACUCGUAAUGGUGAAUGUAAAACUUGUGUAGUUUCGAUAUCAUUAAACUUGUCAACAUACAGUGAACGCCAAUGUCUAUAACUCUUCAAUUGCAAUAGCCUAAACCAGAUGUGUUUAAACUGAAGAUAGACUAUCAAAUAUGUGCAACAUCAAUUUAUUAAAAGAAUAAUAAAAAAAGACUUGGAACAUGCGCAUUAAGACUACAUACAAGGUUAUGCAGAUAAUAUAUAUGAUUUAAAAUCUGAAAACACUUACAUACAUCACAAAUUUUGAAUUAUAGAACAAAAAAGUCUGACCUCAGUUGUUAAUUUACAUUCUAACUAACUAUGUCCAAAGGUUUCAUACAGGUAUUUUGAUAGACAGUUAAAUUUAUAUUACAACCAAAAUAAAGACAAUUUCAAUAAAUCCGACGAGGACAUUUUUAACGCUACAUAUCAAAAUAAAUAAGAUGUGAUAUGAGUGCCAAUGAGACAACUCUCCAUCUAAGUCACAAUGUUUAAAAAGUUAACAAUUAUAGGUCAAAGUACGGCCUUCAACACGGAGCCUUGGCUCACACCCACUGAAAAGGGCCCCAAAAUGACUAGUGUAAAACAAUUCAAACAGGAAUACCAACGGUCUAAUCUAUAUAAAAAACGGGAAACGAGAGACAUCUAUGAACCACACAAACAAACGACAACCAUUGAACAACAGGCUCCUGACUUAGCAAAGGUGAAUAAAAUGCAACGGGUUUAAACGUUUUAACAGGCGCCAUCCUUCACCCUAACCUGAAACAGUAGUGUAGCAUUACAACAUAAACAGACACACUAUAAAAUAUCAAUUGAAAUGGAUUAACUCGAUCAAAAAGACAUUUAAAUAAAAACAAGUAAACAUACACUGAACGAAUAAGUUUGAUCUAUGACUUAAUACAAAUACAAUAUUAAAACGUCAAGUGGUCUAGGGGGCUGGUCAUAGAACAGAUGUCGUUGCCACGAUAUAACGCUGAGAGAAGAGCAAUAUUUUGCUAUGGCAAAUCAGAUUAUUAAAUUUCAAACAAAGUACUAUAAUAAAAUUGUGGUAUA